CUGAACGGAUGCACAGUUCCCUUCACAUCUCAAUCGACAGCCUUUCGUUGCUAGACCGCCUUUACGAUGCGACAUAUCGGCUACUACAGUGAAAUCUGACGAUGGAAUAUGGACCCAGCGGAGCUGUCAAACUCUCUUUUGAUCGCGUGCGAUGAUCACCAUGGCAAUAAUUACGCGCCAGAAAAACAGCGCGACAUUUGCUGCCUUGUGUCGAGCGCGUGAGGGUGCGCUGUGUGUCAGAUAGUGACCAUCACCACCUAGCGCGUGAAAGAGUGAUUGUGUGCUUGAAUUUGUGUUCAUACGACUGUAGACGAGGAGAUGGCCAGGCGCGCGUGAACACAAGCGUGCGCGUAUACGCGCGUCCCUGCAGUCGCGUUCUACCGCCGCGUAGCUGGGCUUCAGUGCCAUUAGGUGAAGCGGCACCGGCUGUUGCGCAUCCCGUCAGUGGAAACCCGGUGUGGAUGGGUGGCUCCGCAUUUUGAGGAGGUCCCCCGCCUCGCACAGAAAGACCACCCGGAUUCUGCAGAGGAAUGCCUCAAUACGGAGAGGAGCAUCUUCAAGUUGCGUCGAUCCGGGUAUUGGAGAAGUGCAGUGGGCGACUGCAUAGACAGACUGUGCACGCAGCGGCACACUAAAGGCCUGGACAGCAGCCAGUCGUGACUUUUUGCCUGGCGACAUAAACACGCACCCCACCGCGUCAGGGUUGCGUUUGGACGCGCACCCUCCUGGCAACAGCUGCAAGUUGGUGCCAGCAGGUGCAAGACCUGACUUGAGCGCAGGUUUGCCCUGUGCAUCUAUCUAUCUAUCUAUCUAUCUAUCUAUCUAUCUAUCUAUCUAUCUAUCUAUCUAUCAGGCACUCCCAUAAACAUCUUUGUUGUUACCACACCAAAAGUGAUUCAGUCUUAUAAACUCAAACACACAAGUGUCACAAGUGUGUGAGAGCUGGUCAGGAUGCAGGUCUCAUUCGCUUGUACCGAGCACAAUCUGAAGAGCCGCAGCGAGGACCGGCUGUGCGGCCUGCGAACUGCCCCUCCACCAGGGGGCAGCAGCAGCGGAGGAGGUGGAGGUGGAGGAGAAAGAGGGAGCGGACAGGGGGGAAAUGGCAACUACGCCCCUCAGAGCUCGGGCAAAACACGGGACAUGGCAGGGUCCCGACCCCUGCCUCAAGGCCACGCCCACAUGAAGGAAGCUAUUGGACGACACAGUAGCAUGAAAUACAGAAACCUUGGAAAGUCGGGUCUACGUGUUUCUUGCUUGGGUCUUGGUACCUGGGUGACAUUUGGAUCUCAGAUCUCCGAUGAGAUGGCGGAGAGUUUGAUGACGAUAGCCUAUGAGAAUGGAGUAAAUCUGUUCGACACGGCAGAAGUGUAUGCUUCAGGCAGGGCUGAAAUCACUCUAGGGAAUAUCAUCAAAAAGAAAGGCUGGAGACGGUCCAGUUAUGUCGUAACGACUAAGAUCUACUGGGGAGGACAGGCAGAGACAGAGAGAGGCCUGUCCAGAAAACACAUCAUAGAAGGUCUCAGAGGUUCGCUGUCUAGACUACAGCUGGAUUAUGUGGAUAUUGUCUUUGCCAACCGAAGCGAUGUGAACAGCCCUAUGGAAGAGGUAGUGCGUGCGAUGACAUUUGUUAUAAACCAGGGUAUGGCCAUGUACUGGGGCACGUCACGCUGGAGUGCCAUGGAGAUCAUGGAGGCGUACUCUGUAGCGAGGCAGUUUAAUUUAAUUCCACCGGUAUGUGAGCAGGCCGAGUAUCACUAUUUCCAGAGGGACAAAGUCGAGGUGCAGCUGCCAGAGCUCUACCACAAGAUCGGUGUUGGAGCGAUGACCUGGUCUCCUCUCGCAUGCGGGCUGAUCACUGGAAAAUACAGUGAUGGUGUUCCAGACUGUUCAAGAGCCGCGAUGAAAGGCUAUCAGUGGCUAAAGGAGCGAGUGUACAAUGAAGAAGGGCGCAGACAGCUGGCAAAAAUCAAAGAGCUCCACCUGGUGGCUGACAGGCUGGGCUGCACGGCUGCUCAGCUCGCCAUUGCGUGGUGUUUGCGUAGCGAAGGGGUCAGUUCUGUACUUCUUGGUGUCUCCAAUACAGACCAGCUUCUUGAGAACCUUGGAGCCCUGCGGAUGCUGUCUCAGAUGACGCCUCAGACUGUGAGCGAGAUAGAUGCUCUCCUGGGCAACAAGCCUCACUCCAAGAAAGAGUCACGUGCGUGAGGGAACCAGAGCGAUGACAUGAACAUGUGCAGCCAGAAAAGACAAAGAAAGCAAGGGGGAAAAGAUGGAAAACGGCGUACCAUCGCUUUUCUGCUCUCCCGUAUAUUACAACACCUGCAUGCCUUCUGCAACAUGCUUCCAGCCCAUACCGCACUGCUCUCUGUAACCCUACUCAAGUAUCCGAACAUAACCUACGAAUUAAACACGGAAACGGCUGUCUGCAACAUCACAGAAAUGCGACGAACAACAACUGUUAUCUUUACUCUGAGAGACUGAAGUCUCAGUCUUCCACGAGGAAGUACUGUCGAUUGUAGGAGGAGAAUGGAAUGAAAGUGGCAAAAAGCUUGUUUAUUAGCAGGCCCAGACGGAAUCUGCAGACUUUCUUGUAGUUUCCGCUGCAGACUUCCACUGUUUCCACUGCCGAAUUUCCAUUGCCAAAUUCUGUGAAAUGGAUCAAAUGUGAUAAAAGUGGAGCUAAGAGUGGUAUAUUCUUAUUGGCAGCUGAAAGCAUUGUCAAAUUUGGCAAAAUAUUUAUUAAACCGACAUGCACGGGGCAAACGAUGUGUAGGACUUCGCAGAUCACGGGCGUACAGCGGAAAUCUGUGCAGAUUCCGCAUGGGCCUAGUUGUGCGGGUGUGAAGUACGAAUACGUGUGCAUACAGUGACACUUUGAAUCAAACUCUCUGUUGCUGGUGUUGCACCUGAGUGACUCGGAAAAUGGACGCUGUGUGACGCCAAGCGAAGAUGCUUCUGAAAGCUGCCCGUCCCGUUUUUUUGGGGUGUUCACUGCCUGUCACAUUUCAUUCUCGCUGUGCAGGAGAGCGUGGCAAACACUCCGGCGUGUGACAGGAACAACAUGCAGCAACUGCAAACAGCUGUUUGGACACAUCACAAGUCUUCCUCCAUUUCCCUCCUUUCCAUCUCUCCUUGUGUUUACAAUGGUGCACCUGUCCCUUUAAGAGAGUUUGUGCAGUUAGGGGAGUGGCGUGUGAGUGUGUAUACGGCACCUUGCAAAUAUAUUCAGACCCUCACCAAUUUACUUUUUUAAAAACAGCUGUUUUAGUCAUUAGUGCUAUUCUUAACAAACACCUAACUCUCAGUAAACUUAAAGGGUUAGUUCACCCAAAAAUGAAAAUUCUGUCAUUAAUUAAUUACUCUCUUCAGAACACAAAUUAAGAUAUUUUUGAUAAAAUCUGAGAGCUCCCUGACCCUCUGUAGGCCGCAGUGCAACUGCAUUGUUCCCAGGUCCAGAAACAUAGCAUCGGUAAAAUAGUCCAUGUGACAACAGUGGUUCAAACGUAAUUUUACGAAGCUACGAGAAUACUUUUUGUGCUCAAAGAAAACAAUAAUAACAUAAUUUAUUCAACAAUUCUUCUCCCCGAGCUACCAUCUUCCGGCAUUUUGGAGAGUAUUUUAGCAAAAAUAUCUUAAUUUGUGUUCCGCAGAUGAACAAAGGUUUUACGGAUUUAGAACAACAUGAGGGUGAGUAAUUAAUGACAGAAUUUUCAUUUUUGGGUGAACUAACCUUUUAAACUGAUGCAUAACUCAUCCCACACUGUCAAAAAAAAAAAGCAGCAGCUUAUCACUUGGGGGGAACCCUCAAAGGGACACAUUUGUACCUUCUUUACCCCUAAAAGAUUCAUAAUGUGAUCUUUAGAGUACAUAUUACUAUCUUAAGUUAUAUUUUUAACUCCAAGGGAUUGAUAUGCACCCUUUAGAGGUAAAGAACGUACAAAUGUGUCCCUUUGAGAGUUCUGCCCAAGUGACAAGCUGUUGCUCCCCUAAAGGUACACAUUUUGCAGUUAUUUAUUUAUUUAGAACGCUCACUGUUUGUGCUACAAGCAGGAAAAAUACCUCAAAUCAUGUGGCUUGUUUCAAAGGGAUUUUAAUUACAAAAAUAGGCAAGAAAAUAGAUAAAAAAUAAACAUGCACGUAUGAAUUGUAACAAUAAUA